AUGUGCGCUGGACAGAAGUCUGCAUGCGAUGCGAAUACCUAUCACCACUUCAGCCUGGCCCCUCAGCUAUCCGAGCCGGAAACACAUAGCCAGCUCCCCGAAGAUCAGGCCAUAUUUUCAGGAAUUCGGGCGUUCUUCGUUCACGAAAUGAUCCAGAAUCAGCCCCAAAUUCUCGACCUCGCCGAGAGUUCCGAGCCCGGAAUCAUGCAAUCUCCACCGGACCCUGAUCUCGAAUUUGUCCUAGACACAACAUUUGGCCGCGUUGAUGUCUCGAACUUGGCGGUCCCUGCGUCGGGCGCUUGCAUGCCAGAUACCCCGCCCGACUAUCCGGCCUGCGGGGACGAAGAAUACUAUGUUGCUAGCGAUACCGAGUCCAUGCCUUUGCGAGUGUCAACUGUGGUUUUUGGAUAUGAGGCCAAGCAGAUCAUUCUCCCUAAGCAUUUCACCUUAACCCUCAUUCUGAAGAAAACAAAAUGGCGUCCAUCGACCUUCCAAAAAGACGGCUACUGGGUCGAGACGUUCAAGUUUGGUGAAGACGAAGUUCCAGGACUUGUUGCAUCUGGACUGGCUUCCGGAGAAAUCGAGUUCCUGGAUAACCCCAUUGCCGCCGCCAAACAUGAGGCUAAGGCUAAGGGCGAGGAGUUCUAUGCAUCAGAGAUCGACAUCACUGGACCAUGGAAGAAGUAUCAAGUGGCCAAGUUCGACAGCCCAGUCGCCGUCGUGGCCGUUGACAUCAACAGGAACGGGUUGAGCGACAUUGUGGUUUGCCACGACUACGGUCCAUUCAUGCUUGAGUGUGAUCCCAAGGGAGGUUGGAUCUCCUGGCUUGAGAACCCCGGUCGUGAGAACUUGGGGAAAGAGCCGUGGAAACUCCGAAUGAUCGGCCGUUGGCCUGCGAUGCAUCGCAUGAAGGCUGGAUACUUUACACAAAAAUCCGUGAUGGAGAUUGUUGCCGCAUCGGUUGUUUGUGGACCGCACGACAAGAUUACUCCCAUCCCCAUCAUCCGCUUCCAAGCUCCUGAGGAUGUCCUCAAUGCCACUGAGUGGCAACGCUCAAUCAUUGACGAUGAAAACUUCACCGUCAUUCAUGAGUUGACGGUGAAAAAAUUCAAUGGUCCUACUGGACUCGAUUCUAUCAUGGUCUCAUCCCGCGAAGGUGCCAACUGGCUCUACUACGAAGAGGGCUCGUGGAAGCGACAGCUCCUCUCAAGUGGAGAGCCGAAAGAGGAUCGACAGCAGCCCAACUCUUUAUCGCCGGGAUCUGGUGACCAUUGGGGCACUGGCUGCGCUGAUGCUGGCAAGAUCGGCGACGAUCCGUUUGCUUACAUUGCGACGCUGGACCCCUUUCACGGUACAACGGCUUGCGUCUUGUCCAAGGUUGGUCGUGGUAUGAAAGACACACAGUGGAGGCGCCACAUCCUGGAUAUAUAUGGCACGCCCAACCAGCUUAUGAAGUACGGUGAUGGACCCGGCCACUACAUUGUUUGUGCCGAUUUCGAUGGCGAUGGCGACGAUGAGUUCCUUCUGGCUUUGUUCGGAUCUCUGGAUCGCGACAAGGACCUGGAGUCUAUUGUCCCGACAAAGGGACCCAACCCAAACAAGGGCAUCAUGUACUACAAGGCAAUCGAUGUCGAGAAGGGAUUGUUCGCGAAGUGGAAGAUCGCAGAAGAAUCAUCAGCUCGCAUCGCAAUUGGCAACUUCACUGGUUCUGAUAAGCUUGACUUGAUCUCGGUCGAGUACAAUGUUCCUCGGUAUUACGAAGAGCCCAAGCCCGUCAUUACGCUUCACGUCAAUAAGUUUGCCAAGCCCAAGCCCGCCGUGACUGAGCGUCACAUCGUACCUACGGUGUGGGAUAACGAAGGCUUGGUGUAUCUGGCUCGGCCCAAGGAAGUCAAGAGUCAACAGUCUUUCCCUCUGAUCGAGGUUGCAAACUACGCAAUUAGCAUCGAAAUUCACCCUCUUGGAGCAAAGAUCCCCGUGGGCAAGAAGGAUGGCAUCAAGGUCCUCUACGGCUCCGUUGCUGAUAUCGAGGGCACUCGUACAGCGCUCGGCUUGCCUCCCUUCCCCCGGAUCGCGCCUAUCUCUAGCGAAGACAAAGAACUCAGCGCCGACAAAGAGAAGGGGGCCAUCAUCCUGAGAAUCGUUUCUCUCGGCGAGCCUGGCGUAUGGGAGAAGGCCGGGGAUGUCCCCGUCAAGACAACGUUCAACACCAAAGAACUUGGCCUGGAGUUCCCCGACCUCAAGUUCACCAAGGUUAAAGAUCUUUGGUGGGGUGACAACUUCAAGGGAGUUGACUUCACCAACAUGUCUGGUUUCCACUUCCGAUUCCAAGACGACAAAUCACAGAUCGCGCAUCUGCAGUUCUGGACUGCUGGACACAAUGUUAAUUGUGGAGUUCACAACCACGGUAACGAUAUCUUCCAGGAGAUCCACAUCUGUCUCUCCCCUGGAACCGAGACCGGAGGUAUGUGGAGGCUCAAGGAAGGUAAGGAGCCUGAGUCUGCCGGGCCGGAUGACUUCGACAAGGUCCCACUUCCCCGUCUCAACGAGCAUGGAGGUCUGUGGUACCGCGACUCGUACGGCGAUGCCGUCCGCGGGCACAACAAUGUGGUCUCUUACCCAUGGCACAAGUGGCAGGGAGGAAAGGGCAAGAACGUCGAUGUCUGGUUGGCGCUGGAGUUCAACCCUGACAUGGCUCAGUAG